GGAAAGUUGACAAUUCGUGGAAGGAAAAUUAUGCUGGACUCAUCUGAUUGCAUAAGAGAAAGGCUUUGGAGUGGUACUGGGAUUCGAGGACAGAUGUUUUGCUACUAUUUCAACCCUAAGUUAAGAUAUUGUCAGUUUUCCGCAUAACAAAUUGUGUUUUAAUAGGAACUCAUACUAGCAUCAAAUGUAAAAUGGUCCAUUAUCAAAUUUAUAAGCUGAUGGUUGAUUUGAAACUAUGUUUCGUUGGCUGUCGCUUUUCUUUUAGUGUUCUUUCUAUAGACUUCAGUAAUCAUACUUAUAUCUUCUAUACUUCUGUUCUUUUUGUUACAGUGAGUCAUUUAACCUGCAACCUGUCGUCUUGACCUAUCUUCCAAUGCUGUUGGACUGACAUUUUUCUUAUGAUGCAGGAUUUUUUUCUUUUAGUCUACGGGCUGCUGCAUUCCGCUCAUUCUUUGCUUUGGAGUCAAAGAAGGAUAGUUAGCUUUCACUUUCAUAUUGAUGAAAGUGUUCAGAGUCUAUGGAGCUUGAAGCAUGUCAUGCAUUCUUUUGAAAAUUUUUUUUGGCAGAGUAAUGGCUUUUCGUUCAUACUUCCUAGUUUGAGAUAGAGGGCACAUAUCAUUUGAUUGGUUCAUUUGCAAGGGCAAUAAACCAAUAACUGGUUGCAAACCAAAUAACCAAUUUGGUUUGUAUUCAAAGAAAGUUCUUAUUAUUACUCUUUUUUUAGAUUGUCAGCUUGGUCAGUUGUAACAUUUUGUGAUGGUUGUCUGGCAGAUAAAAUGUAUUAUGUUGUUGGGUCUAUGUGAACUUGUGCUAUUUAUUGUAUAAAUUUUGUUGGAUAAUGUUGUUCCAGUUUUCUUCUCUUCCCAGCCUCUCCCUUAGAUCUCA